AUGGGAAGAGAAUCAACGGCCGAUCUUCCUUCAACCAAUCACCAAAACGCGACUGUUGUUCUAGACCUGACUGGUGAUGAAGAAGAUGGAGCGGCAGACGUGACGGUUGAUUGCAAUGCAGCAGCGGCACAACCAUCAGCUACACCAGCAGCCACAAAGGCAGCAAGCGCAGCAGCGGCACGAGAGGCAGCCGUUCCGCAGGCCUCUCAAGCGCCGCAGGCCUCUCAAGCGCCGCAGGCCCCGGCUGCCUCUCUGCCGUUUGAUGCCCAACCCUUCUGGAGCGGGCCUCUCUUCAUCAGAACCAUCGACACCACUCUCCUCCCUCUCGGCACCGUCACCGCUCACCUCUCCCUUACCGCCGUCACCCAGGUCUCCCUCGCUGCAGCCACUCUCACUCACCUCGCCGCCAAUACCCCCACACCUAGUACCGCACCUACCGCCGCACCUGCCGCCAUACCUCCCACUGCCACACCUGCCGCCGCACCUACCGCUACAGGCGAUCCCACCCGCCCUCCUGCCCCUCUGAACGCGCUUAUACUACAGGAGAGCAGGCGCAGUGACCCGGGGGCCUGGCCAGGAGUGUUCGCGCAUGCGCUGCACUCCCCCUCGGGCAUCUCCUUCCCCCACGCUGCCUUCUUCCUGCUGGGGCAGGGCGGGGCAGGUGGUGGUGGGGGGGUUGGUGAGGGUGGUGGGACAUGUGAUGGGGAGGCUGGUGAUGGGGCGGGAGACGCGUUUGCGGCGUAUGUGGGGAUGCGAAUGAGAGCGCGGGACGUGAUGUGUGAUGUGGUGCUACCAGGAGUGGCACGGGUCAGCUUCUACUCGUCUCACCUCAUGUCGCCUGCGUGUCAGAAUGCUCUCGGUCGGCCGUUUCUGUGGGCCGUCUGCCGCAGCCUUGCCACCAUGCAGCAGCGCCCACAGCAGCAGCAGCUAGCAGCCACAUGCAUGAUUCCUCCUGGUUUUGAAUAA